AGAAGCCUCAAAAGAACGACAUCGCCUUCCAAACGGAGAAACUCUUAUCAACAUAAAAGUCGGAGGAAAAAACACAAACAUAACAAGAAAAAAGUUAUCCCUGAGGUAAAGAGCAAUGGCAGCUGUGAACUGCCAUUUCUUCAAGCUAUCACAACAUCUCAAACCCUCAAGACCUUCCUUUUCCUGCUCCGCGUCUCAACCUUCACAAAACAACAUAAAGGUAAUCAUAAAUGGAGCUGCAAAGGAGAUAGGAAGAGCGGCCGUGGUUGCUGUGACUAAAGCCAGGGGAAUGGAGUUAGCUGGUGCUGUCGAUAACCAUUUUCUUGGCGAAGAUAUUGGCUUGCUGUGUGACAUGGAGGAGCCUUUAGAGAUACCAGUAGUGAGUGAUCUGACAAUGGUCUUAGGCUCGAUAUCUCAGGGGAAAGAAAUCGGAGUUGUGAUCGACUUUACAGACCCAUCAACAGUAUAUGAAAAUGUAAAACAGGCAACAGCGUUUGGGAUGAAGAGUGUGGUGUAUGUACCUCGAAUUAAGCCAGAGACUGUAUCAGCGUUAUCUGCAUUAUGUGACAAGGCCACCAUGGGAUGCCUUGUAGCACCAACUCUAUCCAUAGGGUCUAUUCUUCUCCAACAGGCUGCGAUCAUGGCCUCCUUCCACUAUAACAACGUAGAAAUCGUGGAGUCAAGGCCUAAUGCAGCGGAUUUUCCUUCACCAGAAGCUACCCAAAUUGCAAACAACAUAUCAAAUCUUGGUCAGAUCUACAACAGAGAGGAUAUAUCAACUGAUGUUCAGGCAAGAGGUCAAGUAAUUGGAGAAGACGGUGUUCGUGUUCACAGUAUGGUUCUACCAGGACUACCAUCUAGUACACAAGUCUACUUCUCAAGCCCAGGAGAAGUUUACACUGUUAAACAUGAUAUAAUUGAUGUAAGGUCUCUAAUGCCUGGCCUACUCCUCGGUAUUAGAAAGGUGGUACGCCUCAAGAAUCUGGUUUAUGGCCUCGAGAAAUUCCUCUAGAGACUGAAAUGCUUCGCCAAUCAUCAAUUGAGAAAUAUGGAUCAAAGAUUGCAUUAUCAUGAACAGCUCAUGUCAUCCUGCAAGUCAUAUAAAGGAAACACAAUAAACACAAAGUUCAGAAAUAUGUUGAUGUUUCCUUUCAUGAUGAUACGAAUAUUGAUUUAUAAAGUGAGGACACUAACAGAUUCAACUGAGAAAGCAUUAUCCUAAGGCCUAUCAAAUAAGAUGUUCAAUGCUUUUGGU